AUGGGAGAUUUAUUCCCCAAUGGUUACUGGCGGUUCGGCCUUUUUACAGACCAGGCCAAUCAUAUCCUACAAGGCAGAAUAAGCGCAUGUACUUUGUUAUAUUUUUUGUUCUUUAUACAGAGCUGCAGUGACAUCUCUUUGUUGUUUGUUCUUUUCUUCCUUUUUUUUUUUUUUUUUUGGAUUACGACAGCUCCUGCGUCCUGUAAGUGUACCUUUCGUUUUGGAAACACACGCACACACACAUACUCAUUCACACGCACGAUGAUGUUUGGCCGGCCUCCUGCGCCCCAGGUGAACUGGGAGGAGAUGUAUUUCUACCAGAAGUUGCACCACCUCUUUGAUCACGGCUCGGACUGGAUGAUCUCUAAGCUUAACUGGUGGAUCCCCUCCGUUGCAGCAGGGAUGGUGCUAAGUCUUUUUUUACUAAGCGAGAAUCCCAUUGGUGAGGGCGCUGCCAUUACGCUGCCCAAUUUUUCGCCUGUGGUGCGUACGCCAAACUUUGGGUUACAAGUCCCGGAACGCGAGGGGGCGCCAUCAGAUGAGAACGAGGAGGAUGAGAAUGACGAGGAGGUGUUCUAA